AUGAGUGAAGACCCCUCCAAUGACAAAAAAUUUAAUUUGCAACUGCUAGAAACUAAACUAAAAACCUGCAAUGAAAAUAAAGAUAUAGAACUUAAAUCUUAUAUCGAAGCAUAUCAAGAAAUACAGAAGUUCUUUCCUUUGUUGGGAAAAAUAUUCUAUUUCAUUUACACUGAUGUCCAAAAAAAAUUAACAAUUUUGAAUAAUUUUACAUUAGAUACGAAUAAAUCAGGUAUUUAUAAAACAGUAUUGUCUAUGGUUCGUUAUGAAGUUACUCUCUUGAAGGAACCUAUAAAUGAAUAUAUAAUAAUAAAUGAUGCUGCCAUAGGAUGUAGAACAUUUUCACGCCUUCAUAGGGCCUUUAAUUUUUUUAUAAACUUUUUAGAGGGAAUAGUUAAUAAACAACAAAUUUUAAACAAUGAAAAUUUUACUAAUAAUAAUAUGGAUUAUAAACUCUCUUCUAUAGCAAUAGAAUCUUAUAAUUUAACAUUAUCACAAUUCCAUCCAUGGAUCAUUAAAAAGGCAGUUCAGGUUGCAGUUCAUAGCCUGCCUACAAAAAAAUGAUUUACUUAAUCAAUUAGACCCUUGUUCAUUUAUAUUAGAUAUUAAUGAGAUCCAUCAUUAUAGAAAUGAGACAAUUUUGCAAAAAUUUAUAGAUAUUAUACAAGAAUC